AUGGAGACCCCCCCGGGCGGGAGGCGAGGGCGCCCCCUGCGUCCCCCUGCUCCCCCUCGUGAUCCUUUCGUUUCUUCCGCGUCCCCUAUUUCCGUUCCCUUUCCUGCUGACCCUGAGCACUCGUCAGUUGUUUCUGCUUUCGCGCAUGAGGCGUCUGUUUUCGGUUCAGAAGACCGGUCAGAGACGGCCCUGCCCGCCCCGUUACGCCACGAUGCGCCGGCUUCGCUGUCGGUUCUGCACCUUCGCGGACAAGCUCCGGACCAUGGAGUUAGCCGGCAGUCCAGCAGCCCGCCCAGUCUGCCUCGUUCAGCACUCGCAUCGUCUUCAUCUGCAGCUGUCUCGCGGGCGUGCCGUCUGUCCAGCCAGCUUGCGGCCUCAACAGCAAAUUCGUCAAGGCUGGCAAGCCUGCCAAGCCAUUUCGAUCUAGAUCUGCCCCUCCUUUCUUCCUCGUCGUCCCCCGCCUCGGCACUUGAUUCACGUCUUUUCCACUCGGCUGCUGCCCACGACUUUGCGCCGCGUCUGCGCCUGCGCGAGAAAGACCAAGGAGGCCUUCCGCGUGCAGCGAGUGGGAGCCCAGAUACGCUGGGAGCGAAGGCCUCACAAGCGCAGCGGCCCUCUGCGCGUUUCGCAAGUUGCACGAGCCACGCAAGAUCUGUAUUUGGGACUGCCCAGAGCAGAAGGUCUGACGUUGGAGGUCCUAGCGGCGCCGCGCCCAGCACCCAUCCGCCCUCCCCCGUGCCAACCAGCACGACUCCACCGCCGCCGUCGGUCCCGAAGCCAAAGAGAAUAUUCAUUGGGACCGCGGCGCCCCCCACUGCAGGGGCCGGAGCCGGAGAUGGCCGCGGCGCUGUUGCGGCAGGAAAUGCUGCUGGAACAGCGGGAGGCCGCGGAAGUGUUGAUGGGACGCUCACGGAUGGCGCAGGCCGGCUCAGCGUGGACACGCGUCGAAGGGGGUCUGAGACGUCUCGCCAAAUGCCUGCACUCCCGGAGGACGUGACAGGCUCGGGGAGUCAGUCGGAAGAGGAGGACUUCUCGGGCAGUGAGAUCUCAUCUCUGAGCGGGGACGCGGGUCCGUCUCUCUGGGAGGAGGUUGACACGUCCCUUCUGUGGCGCUCGACUUCUUUUCUGCGGUGCGGCUCUCGCAUUCUGCUUCGGCCACACGAAGAGAAGCUGCCCUUCGCCCUCGGCGGCGUUGGCAAGCUGCGAAAUGCCACCGGGCGCCUGAACAAGCGCCAGCAACGCGGCGGCCGGGGGCGGGGAGCGAAGGCAAGAGUGAGGAGAGGUCGCUUGGGGCGGCACGAAGCGCGCGCGAAGGUCGAGGACCCUUGGGAGCAGCUGGCGUCUGCGCCGCCGCAGGAGCGCCACCGCUCAGCGCAGAUCGUCGACCCGAACCUCCUCGGUCGCGUCCUCGUACAGCUGGUUGACUCUGAAAAAGACCCGGGCGCUGCAGGGGCUGGAGACGGGCGUUACGUGGACCCCUGCGGCUUCAAGCCGGAUGCGCAGGCUCGGCCCGACAUCGUUGCGGAUGCGCGGCAGGAAAUCGUCCCCAUAGGGAUGCUGCCUUCAGGAAGCGCCUACGACCCCGAGAACCGAAUGGGGGAUUUGCUGUAUCUGUCGUCGAGCACGCCUGCGGCCAUCAUGGACACGCUGCGGAGGCGGUUCAUGCGCAAGGAGCCGUUCACGAAGUGCGGAAACCUGCUCAUCUCCAUUUUCCCGCCGACGAAUCGCGAGCGCCAUCUGGAGGCGGAGCUCAGCGAAGACAACAUGUGGCGCUACUACACGGCAGAGAUCCACGAGCUGCAGCCGCAUCCGUUCUUCGUCGCUCGCCGGGCCCUUGAGAACGUUUGGCUGAAGCGCAGGAACCAGUUUAUCCUCACUUUCGGGGAGCUCCGCGCGUGCCAGGAUGACAUUCAGAGACAGCUCGUCAGCUACAUCUACAAGUUCGCCCCCCGCGUCAAUCCAGCGGAUCGAGAGGUCAAGCCGGAGGCUGCGGCUCGCGCGCUCCAGGAGGCCGAAGAGCAGCAGAAAGACCUCCUGGCCGCAGUGGCGCGCGUGCGCACCUUGCUGGCGAUCACUACACAGCAGGAGGUUGUGUACGGGCACUGCGUGGAUAUGGUGCGGUUCGAGUUCGACGCGGACAACUGCCUCAUGGGCGUGUCGAUAGUCCCCAAUACAGCUCUAGAACCAUCUGUUGAACUGGCAGCGUGCGCAGGGCGGCGGACGUAUUACCCUCUGCCCAUGGCGAAUUUGUUCUACGCGCUUCUCUCCGGCGUGCACCACAACCCAACGCACGAGAUCCUUGCCCAGACGCAGCUCCACCCCGUCGACGCCAUGUUUUUGCUGAGUCGCUUGCCGCCGCAGCCGGUUCUGCCCUACGAAAAAAUCCAAGCGACAGCCUGUCUGCAGUUCUUCGAUGACCUGAGAGCCAUAGGGUGCACAGACGAAGAGAUCGGCGACUUCACGCGCCUCGUCGCUGGGGCGCUCGUCGCAGACGCUGCGGAGACAUGGCGAAGGUCGGAACAGGAGGUGGCCUCGAGGGAGGGCCCGCGCGUGACGACACCCGUGCCCCUUGUCGCCGGACGUGACGCUGUGGAAUUGCUUGAACAGAUCUGCGUCGUGCCGCUGGGCUCCCUGAAGAGACUGUACGAAGAAGAGGCCGAGUGGCAAGUGCGGAAUCUCGCGCUCAAGCUGUUCGCGCGGCUGCGCUGGUGGCUCGUCGGACAAAUCAACGAGGCGUUCCACAAAAAAGAUGCGACGCGCGUUCCCGAGACCAUCGUUUUGCUUGCCUCGACCGGUCUGGAUCUCCGGCGGCUUAACCCUUCGUGGUCUCUCUUGCAGCUGAUUCGCAACUACAUUGAUGAGUGCGCGCUGAAUCUCUUCGUCACCUGGGGCUUCAGCUACGAAGAGGAGCUGUACAAGCGGGAAGGUGUCCAGAGCCCCGACGUGGACUACUGCCAGCCGCUGGAGAUUUUGAAUGUGAUUGGGGGCCCUAAAGGGAUUUUCCAGAAGCUGAAGCAUCUGAACGGCGUCUUUGAGGGCGAGUUCGUCGUCGUGCCCACCAACGGAGGGAUCACGUCGGCGUUUCGCCUCGUGGACGCGGUUCUUAACAAUGUUUCCGACGACGGAUUUUUUUCCGUGCUGCCGGGGUUUGAGGAGGCGCGCGUUCGGGCGGUGCGCUUGGAAACACGGAUGGUGGCCUUUGACCAGAGGGAAGCAGAGAAGCAGAUCGCGGGCAUGUUUGUCAUGAGGAAGCCGCGCGGUCGCCAAGGCGACGAGGAUGUGAAGCGCCGCUCAGUCAUGAACUACUCCAGGAAGGAUCCAGUCCUGGGGCAGUUCGUGAUUCGCCACACGACCGGGCAAGUUCGAUACGACGCCCGCGACUUCGUCUCAGUGAACGCAGCGGCCUUCGCCUUCACGCGAGAGCUGAGAAUGACGCUGACUCAGUCGCGCCUUCCUCUGCUUCGCACGAUCCUCAUGGUCGACUCGGACGCCGAAGAGGGUCUGCCGCUCCACACGCUCAGAACCGACCUCGCCUCGCGCUUCUGCGAGCUGGCGAACGCUUGGCUGCGAGCGGAUGAGCUCGAUGCGCCGGAGGCUCAGUUCAUUGCGACGCUGAAUUCUGUGAGGCCGGAUAUUCCGUCUGUUGCGCUUGCGCGGAACGAAGACUCAGUCGAGGACGACAUCGUCGCGCGGGCGGCGUCCUUCACGCGCAGUCGCACCUUCAUUGCGGCCAAGCGCCUGCGCGGCAGCUGCAUCACCGCGGCGCUGGGCGACGAGUUCCACAGCGGCGCGCACGGGCGCGACCCGCUGGGCAUCUUUAACAGCGACAGCUCGAGCUCGUCUUCUUCGCAGUCGACCCCCGGCAGGCUCAGUCGGCUGCGCGGUCGCGACCGUCGCCUCCGCAAGCGCGAGCCAGGCGCGGACUCGUCCAGCUCUUCAGACUCCGACAAGGAGCCUACGCCCUCCCCGCUAGAGGAGGCGGCUCCUGCUGACGCGCAGGGCAGGCCUGCACUUUUUCGCAAGUUUCAGGGGCUGCAGGUCCCCGGCUUCAUGGAUACGUACACCACCGAGUUCACGUGGAAGGAAACCAAACCGGAAACUGUCCUCGAGCUCGCAGGCGACACCUCCAUCAUGUCGCGCCUGAACGAGUUCGGGGCGAAACUCGCGAUCCACGCGCAAAAUCUCGAAGAGAAACAACGCGUCUUCGACUACCUACACGUGGUCUCGCAACUCGAGGACCUACAGAUCCUGAAGUACUGCCGCUUCCACCACCAGGGCAUGACUGUGCGCCUCACUUUCUACGAAUUCCUCCGUCUCUACGCCGUUCUUUUCGUCCCGGUCGUCUACUCGCACCAGUCUGUGGAAGAGCUCAUCAACGCGCGAAAGCCCAAAGACGCAGUCAUCUAUCUGCUGCAGUCAUUCGAGGUUCCCCCUUCGGAGUACCAGCUCGGGCACUCUCUCGUCUUCUUCCGGAAAAGGUCUUUUUUAAUUCUCGAGAUGCAACGGGCGGCGUCCCUGCGGCGCGUCCUCCCCGCAGUGCUGGUGCUCCAGCGGGCGUGGCCUACUUUCCGCGCGCGGCUCUUUCGCACAGAGAUGCACUGGCUGGCGGUUCGCGCGCAGAGCCAGGCGCGGAGAGUCAUCGCGUGCGCCAGGAAACGCGAAACCGACAAAGUCGUCAGCCUCCUCACAGGCGUCGCCCUCUUCGGCAUGCACAUCUACCGAUUCCGCCGCUCAAACAUCACGGAGGAACAAAUGGCCAACAUGGAGCAAAAAUAUCGCGACCGAGAAGUUUUCUGCAUCCGGUGGGCGGGCGCGGUCUUCAUCCAGUCCUGGUGGCGCAGCAUCAUGGCGCGGAAGCUCGCAGGGAAAAUGCGUCACGAGCUGCUUCUCACGUUCGCGUCACAGGUCAUUCAAAAUGUCUGGCGCCGCUUCAAGGCUCAAGAGACGCUGCUCGAGAAGAUCGACCUAGGAAUCACUCCAACGGAGGCAGCGAAGCGCAUCCAGGCGCAAGUCCGGAGGUGGAUUUGCCAGCGACGCUACCAUCGUCUGCGCGGCCUCGCCCUUGCGCUUCUGUCGAUUCGCCGCAAAGGCUCGAAGCUCUACAGCUUGCGCGUGCAGCUGAACUACACGCCGAUCAUUAAGCACACAACUGUCGUCAGAGAUAUGCUCAACAUGCAAAACGAAGGCGCUGUGCUGAAGCUCCAGAGUCUUUUCCGCAUGGCCUAUAUUCGCAAACAGUACCUCGCACUUCGAGACGCUGUGGUGUAUUGCCAGGCGGCGGCGUUCACGCAGAUUCGCAGGUACGAAUUUCUUCGAGCGAAGAAAGCUGUGGUCAUCAUUCAGCGCUGGUGGCGCCUGCGGAAGAUGCUACUGGAGGCUUCGAUCGAUUACGCGCUCGCACCGGCGGCAAAGCUACCCAAGGGCAGCUUGCCGUUCUUGGCUCGAAGAGAAAAGACCUCCGUCUCGCUCCUCCGCGCGCCGCUGCUCGCCUCUCAGGGCUUCUUUGACGGCUUCACUCAGCGCUCAGACCGACGCUUCCUUAGUCUACUGGAUUUUCAGGCCUUCCGCGAUAUUAGGAACGUGUAUCCGCAGACGUGGGCAACUCCGCUGCUGCGCCUGCUGGAGCAGAUUCAGGCAGAGGCGAACGAGAUUCAGGAUAUCCACACUUCUGUCGAGAAGGGCGCAGCCGUUAACUUGGAGCAGAUCGAGAUCGGCGGCCAGCACUCGCUCGUGCUCCUGCAGCAGCGCGUGCGCGUGGACCGGCAGGACUUUGGCCAGAAAGUGACUUGCAAAGGAAAGGGCCUUUACGAGGAGUUCGCCGUCUUCCGCCCCACCGUGUACGCUUGGGGUUGGAACGACCGCGGGCAGCUCGGCAUGCCCGAGACUACGAUGCGCUCCAACGGCCUCGUUUGCGCCGGACCGCUUAAAUUCAUCGACCGCGGCUUCCGGAAAUACAAAGACAAAAAGACAGGUCACCUGGUGCAUGUGCUGUCGCACCAAGUCGACUAUUCGUACCAAGUCACCUGGGUCGGCGCGGGACUGGACCACUGCGUGGCCUUCGUGGGCGACGGCCUGGUCUUCUCCUGGGGCGACAACAGACUCGGCCAGUGCGGGCUCGGCCACCGCAUCAUAAGCGCCUACGAGCCGCAGCUGAUCCGCUCGCUCAAGGAACAGAACAUCAUGGCUGCGCACGGAAGCGUCGGCGCGCGACACACAGCCAUCGUCGCGGGAGACGGGCAGUGCGUCAUCUUCGGGUCUGGCGCGUUCGUCGCGCUCGACACGAUUCCGCCAGACAGCAACUUCUACACGCCGUGUCGAGUGCCGCUGCCCUACGACAAGCCCGCCAUGAUGGUGUCGUGUGGUUUCGCCUUCAACAUCGUCAUGGUGAGCCGAGCGUCCGGAGUAUUCGGUUGGGGGCGUAACGACCGCGGCCAGCUGGGCAUUGGUCCCGACCGCAAGUCCGUUCGCGACGCGCCGAUCUUCAUUCCGCUGCCGCAGACGCCAGGACUCCCGUUGAUUGUUGAAAAGAUCGCCACGGGGCCAGACUUUGUCGUCGUCUGCGUCUCCCCUGCCAAGGGGUGCAUUUACACAUGGGGCGCCCACCUGCUAACCGAUGUCCCCAAGACGGAAAGCUCUGCCGUGGCGAAGGCGGCGGCCGCGUUCACGAAUCCGUUUUUGAAGAUGCAGGCCAAGAAGGCUCCAGCCACAAAGACCGGCGGGCCCGCGGCGAAGCCUCCCUUCAAGCCCUGGACGAAGCGCCGCGCGGUUUGCGAACCGACGCUCGUCACCCACCCUCUCUGGCGCGGGCGACGCAUCACCGACGCAGCCUGCGGGCCGCGCGAAGUCGCGGUGCUGACCGAGCUAGGCGUCGUCUACGGCUUUCAAACGUCUAAAAUCGAGUGGAUUGAGGAAGAGAAACCGGAGCAACAGGAACAGCCCGCCGCGCAGCCGUUCAGCUUUUUCUUCAAGGUGAAGGCUCCCUCGCCGAAAGAGGAGGCCGCGGCCAAGCCCUACGCCCCGUCCGCGGCUUUCAAGCCCGUCAAGGGAAAAUACACUCUCGAGCCCGCGCUCUUCAGCUUCCGCUUUGCAAGGCCGGCCCGCAUGGUUGUGAAGAGUCUUCACAGCUCCUACAGCAACGUCUCGUGCAGCAGCUUCUGGGCCACGUCAGUGCGCCGAACGCGGCGAGUCGCAGAAGAGCAAACUGCCGCCGCGUCUCCAGAGGUUCUCAAGGAGCAGUUUUCGUGCACAGGCGAUCCGCUGCAGUUCCCGCCAGCAGUUUUGGCGAAGGCGCAGCAGGAGCAGAAGGAACUUCAAGAGGCGCAGCUAGCCGGCAUGCACCAGCCGCUACCCAAAUUGAAGGACUACGUCCCCUGGCGAUCCGAGGCAGCGUGGGAUCACCUGAGUCCCGAUCCUCGCUUGCUCGCGCGGAUGCGUGCGGAGUACAGCAAGGAAGCGGUGAAAAGUCCGCUGUACAUGGUGACCGAUAUGAACCACUAG